CGCGCGCGCACAAGCAGCCAGCCAGUAGCUCCAGGAAACGGAGCCUGGAGUUGUGUUGCAGGCGCUCCUGGUGGCGUGCCGAGCGGGGCUGGCUGGAUAGAAGCAGAGUUUGUUGCCCGCGUUGGAAAAAGCCAGACCGCCGGAGUUUCCUGCUGGCCUCUCCAAGCAGAGCGCAGAGGAGGCAGAACCAGAGGCAAAGAAGGGGAACUCCGCUCUCCAGAACUCCUUCCCGGCUCCACGUCCACCCGCGGCGCUGCCCCGAAGUCGGAGCUGACUCCCUGGAAGGCCGGCGGGAGAUGCGGACCAGGAGCAACGACUCCUAGGCGAGCGGGACCUCCCUGUCGGGACUUGCUUGGGCAGACAGGGGCCAAACGAGGCGCAGCCGCGACGGUGCGCGCGGGUAGAAGGCGAAGCGCCAGGAAGGGGAGUGACGCUCCGCUGUGGCGGCGGCGGCAGUGGCUGGGGUCUCCCUCGGAGGGUCUCCCGCCUGCCCACGGACUCGUCUCGCCGCAGGCGCGUGCCGGGCGCCCCCUCGGACCCUCGCUGUGUUAUGGUUGCCGGAGCGCCCGGCUCAGUCCCGCCUACCCGGGGGCAUCUCUUCGCCCGCCACAGCCCGGGCUCUCCUGCCUUCCCGGCUGCAGAACUAGGCUGUGGGGGUCGCUGCCUCUUCGACGAGCGGCCGGCGGCUCGGCCGGCUCCCUCGUCGCGCUCCUCCCCUCGGCGCCUCGGCUCGGGUUGCUGAGCAGGGAAGGUCCCGCGCGGGAUUCCCAGGCGCUUCGCCGACAGCCAACUGUUCGCGCCGCAGUACCCAGAGCGGCAAAGGCGCCACCUCCAUUAGCGCCGAAUGACUCCGCCGUGGGGCGCCGCUUCCUCCUCUUAGGAGAUUGUCCGGGAUUCCGUGGGGCUUGACAGAAAGGCUGGACUCUUUCUCGAGGGCUACGCUUGCUGCCCGUCGCCGGCGAGGGGACGGACUCCGGGAGGCUAGCGCGCUCCUUCAGCCGGACUUGAGCCCUUUCUGGGAGCUUGGAUAUUUCUCUGCGCUCCUUUCUCCUGCCCAGCAACUGCGGGACUUUGUUCCUAGCGCCCCUCACAAGCUGGCUUCUUGAGGGCUCGCCGGCUCCAUAUCCUGCACAGACUUGGCGCGCCCAUUUUCAGGCCAGGCGACCCUGGACACGCGGCGGCAACCUCUCACGCGUGGCUGUCCCCCACUCCCACGGCCACGUGCUUUCCGCACAGCGAGGCUUGUGGCACACACGUGUCUACACAACCACCCGCAGCUGCUGCAUUCACACGCGCGCCCCCUUCCCCGCACACUCACUGAGUGUGCCUCGUUUGUGCCUCGACCCAGGCUGUGAGGAGAGGGGCGCCUGCCUGGUCUCCGAGGCCCGCCUGCGGGCGCCCGCCUGCUGCCGCCCCCUCGCGGUGCCAUGUGGAGGGGGCGCUGUUCUCUGGGAGGGCGGCCUGGGGCGGCGCUGCUGCUGCUGCUGCUUGUGGGGCUGGCGGCGAGCGCGCGGGCCAGCGGCGAGUAUUGCCACGGCUGGCAGGACGGGGCGACUUGGCGCGACGGCUUCCAGUGCCCGGAGCACUUCGACGACGGCGACGCCACCAUCUGCUGCGGCACGUGCGCCCUUCGCUACUGCUGCUCCCGCCCGGAGGCCCGCCUGGACCAGGGCGUCUGCGACAACGACCGGCAGCAAGGGGGAGCCGAGCACGGCCGGCCCGACAAGGACAUCCCCGACGGCGCAGCAGUGCCUAUCUACGUGCCCUUCCUUAUCGUGGGCUCUGUUUUCGUCGCGUUCAUCAUCUUGGGGUCCCUCGUAGCAGCUUGCUGCUGCCGCUGCCUGCGCCCCAAGCAAGAGGCCCAGCAGAGCCGGCCUCCUGGAGGCAACCGGAUAAUGGAGACUAUUCCCAUGAUCCCAAGUGCCAGCACCUCCCGCGGAUCCUCCUCACGUCAAUCAAGCACCGCUGCCAGCUCCAGCUCCAGUGCCAACUCAGGUGCCAGGCCUCCCCCUACCAGGUCGCAAACCAACUGCUGCUUACCAGAAGGGACCAUGAAUAAUGUAUACGUCAACAUGCCUACUAAUUUCUCAGUACUGAACUGCCAGCAGGCUACGCAGAUAGUGCCUCACCAAGGCCAGUAUUUGCACCCACAGUAUGUGGGUUACGCUGUACCCCACGACUCUAUGCCCAUGGCCCCUGUGCCCCCUUUCCUCGACGGCCUGCAAAGUGGAUACAGGCCAAUUCAGUCUCCUUAUCCCCACAGCAAUAGCGAACAGAAGAUGUACCCAGCAGUGACUGUGUAGGGAAGAAACAGCAACAGACACCCAAGCAAAAAAAUAAAAUAAAAAAUAAAAAUAUUGCCGCAACGGACUGUGAGCAGAGGAAAGGAAUGCUUUUGGAAAGAAGCUUGCCGAACUUCAUUUGUAAAUAAUUUUGGAAGGCUCAUGCAUGUCGGGACAGUAUUUAUAGACUGCUUUCUUUUCGUUCAGUUCAGUUGCCAAAAGAACUGCAUGAGGAUACCUUUGAUUUAACAUUUCCAGAUAACAUUUCCAUUCCAGUGCAUGAUUUACAGGGGCAAAGGAUUAUGCUGAAGAGGCAUCUACAUUUCGGUUAGACAAGUGUGUGUGUGUGUGUGUGUGUGUGUGUGUGUGUGUGUGAUUAAAUGCCUGAGCCACUAAGUGCCCUUGAAGGUGCUACACAGUCGAUGGUAUUUACCUAGUGAAUAGAAAACCAGCUUGUUAAAUGGUACGAAAUAAUUGUUUUAGAAGUGUCUUUCCCCCAGAGUUUUAACUACCCUUCGUAUUGCUGUUCUGACAAUCACACUGACGACAGAAGGAUGAACAGUGCAAUCCUGGUUAGUUACAUAGUCCUAGAAGUUUGACUUGAAAUUACAGGGAGGGACCAUAUCUCAGUGGUAGGGCGCAUGCUUGGCAUGCAGAAGGUCCCGUGAUUAAACCCUCGCAUAUCCAAUUGUUCUUGUUGUUUUUUUGAAAAAGCAGGGAUAGUUCUCCUGAGGUCCCCCAGUUGUUUCUAGACUCCCAACUCCCAUCAGCAUGGCCAGUGGUCAGGGAUUAUGGGAGUUGCAGUCCAGCAACAUCUGGAGAGCCAGAGGUUCCCCAUCCCUAUUAAAGGACCAGGCAGCAGGUGAAGGAAGGACCAUCUACCUGAUAGCCUGCAAUCAGGGUAGGCAGCACUGGGCUAGGUGGACAAACAGCUGUGACUUCAUAUAAGACGGCUUCCUACGUUCCUAGUAUCUUAUCUACCCUUUGCCAUAUCGCAAACUGCUUUUGAAAGCCUACUUUUCCAUCGUGAAACAGUUGGCCGUGUGGUAUUGGUAAGGGAGCUGUUUGAGAAGCUCAAGCCCAGAAGCCAUUCAGGUGUGUGGAUGUAGCUACAUACUUCUUUGGAUCCUGGCAAUGCUCAGGAGCCGAGCAUUUUGCAGAAGUGUGGCUUGCCUUAGCGAUUUUCAAAGCAGAAGUGAAUGUGAAGGGUUCGCUUUUAUUCCAGCUGAAGUACCCACAAUAGCCUCAGUACCCGCUUUGUUUGUGCAUGCCAACAAAAGUGUAGCUGCAUUUGUUUGCAAACGCCACUUGCAAUGCUCAAAAAACGCCUUCGGAAUUUGGGCAUUGGUGGUGUGAGAUUAAGUGGGUUGCAUCCAAGACUUUUUCCCAGCAUGGCUCCUUAUCCUCAUUUCCAGUUCAACGGACAGGCCCUGGUUGCUUGGACCACAUGGAAAUGGGAUUCGUAUCUGACACAGAUAGAAGUGGUCAGCCCAAACAACAGAGCAGGGAAAGA